AUGGCUUCGCGUCGCUCCUCCCGUGGGCCUUCUCCUCCGCCGUCCACCCGUCCCGCCCUGCUUACUAUGAGCUCCGAUCCUGUAUCACCUGAGUUCCCCGACCAGACUGCUUCGGCUGGGGGUAUGGGUUCACAGGAGAUGGGCAACAACCGCGCUGUUACACAUGCGGGAGCCUUCACGAACCGUAAUCUGCUGAUUGACCGGCGCCAUUUCCAAGAAGGCGAACUUUCCGCCCACCUGCCUGCAUCUACAGAGUAUGCGGAGCCCGCAUCAUGUCUUCAGGCAUACAACAAAGUCGUGUCCCCAGCGUCUGUGAUCGCCCCGUCUCAGGAUCGAUUUGCGUCGCCUAUAUUCGGCGUUACUAUGACGGGUCUCGGUGCCCGCAUGCAACUAUAUUACAACAAUGCGGGCUUAUUCCCCACAUACGGUUUGACUGUCCGCCAUGGCCCUUGGGGCUCCACGGCGCCAGAGCGCGAGGACAACCUGCCUGGCAAUGAGAUUGUGCCUUCCAACCACCGCGUGCACUUCUCAACCACUGCUGCCCCGACGUGUGCGCAGGACCUAUACAACGAGAUCCCCUUCGACGUCGGCCUUCCAUCACAACGAGGCUUAUCCGGCGGUCGUGCCACUGCACCUACAAAUCUCAUUCCCCAGUAUGGCGUACCGGAAUCUGAUAUCUUCGAUUUCGAUCGUGAAUUUGGGGUUAACAACGUCUUCGCAGAUGCCAAUCGGGUUCUGCAUCAGGAGCUGCCGUCUGACCCGGCCCUGCCGGCCACUGGCUUCUUCCAUACCGGCCCGACGUACUUGCCUACCGAGGAGCAGUUGUCAGGGGAGCGUGACCUCACACCGUCUGCACCUUUAGGAGGUCAGGAGCAGUUGCAGCAUGAGUUCCAGGUCGCACUCGUGCGUAAGCUUACACUUCCAUCGAUGGAGGCUUUGAAUAGGGCUGCGGAUGAAUGUAAGCAGAAAAACUUCUACAAUUUUGGGAUCGGCCGGAAGACAUCAACUUUCCAUAGACCUCCAUUCACAUCUGCAGAUGCUGAUUACGAUUAUGCCACGCCGCCAUCGACGUCAUCCCCAAUGCCGCCCCGCAAGAAGGUCAAGCUCCAGCAGGCCUUUGCCUCCGCAAACCUCCCACCCGCUCAGGCUCCUGUCUUUCCCCAGCCCGCCCAGGCUUCGGUGAUUGUUCAGCCCGCUCAGGCUGCUGUAGUCUCCCAGCCCGUCAAUGGCGACCUCAAGUCCAAGUGGUCUCCCGUCGGCGAAUAUCUCUUCGAGAAGCCUGCAAGCGACCUGAUCCGUGACGCCCGUAAGCCAAAUCCCGACGACUACUCCCAGGGUGCACUCGUCUACCGCGUUGCGACUAGCACUACCGGCCGCCAGACCAAUUUCACUUUCCGCCACCACUACAACGUAAUUAUCAACUGCUUGCGCGACGAGCUCGUCGCAGAACUCAACCGGAAGCUUCGUGUCGACUUGUCUGUGCAAAACUUGCACCUCAUCCGCGACUUGCCUACACUCUUCCCAGGUCAGCGCAUAGGCGUGGCACUCCGUCGUAGGAUCGAAUUUGCGCAGAAAGCCUUCCAGCGCCGAAUUGACUGGAUGGGUUGUCCUGAGCACUAUGACCUCAUGGCGUCCCUGAACUUCUCCAAGCCCAAUCUAGACCUGGUUGAGUUGGAUCGAUUGGUCAAGGCCACCGGCGUCUGGGUCUUUGAGAACUGGCAGGCUGAUCACCCUGGCCAGCAGCGUGGUUCCUCUUGA